CAGCAGCCGUGGCCCGCCCCCCGUAGCUGGGGGCAGGGCUGAGGCCGUCGCGGGGGAGCGUGGCAGGGGACUGAAUCGUGUCUCUUUACGUAGGUGAGCCCGAUGUCGAUUCGCCGACUGGGCGAGGGGGAGCGCGGCGGUCCCUAGCUGAUGCUGAAGAGCCGGCCCGGGGCCGGCAGCACCCCCGGAGCCAGCGCGGCCCUGUGCGUGCGCGGGGUGGGAGGCAUGGACUCGUCGGAGCCCUCGGGCGCCGACCUUUCGGCAGAUCGGCCCGCGACUAGCCGCCUUCGGUGCGAUGAGGAGGAGCUGGACAAGGAGGGAGAUGAUGCGGGAGGGAAGAGCGGCGGCUACUCCUGGGAGCAGAACCUGAAUCCCGAGCUGCAGCAGGGAUAUCGCAUCUUGCGCGAGUUUCUCCUGGAGAAGUACCGACCUCUCACAGCACCGUUUUUUAAGCCCCUUGCGGAUCAGGCAUCCGUCAGGGAAGAAGGAGCUGUCUCCCUCUCGGGUCAUAGCAGCAGUCAUUCUUUCCAGCAGUCGCUAACUGGAAUGUGCCUGUUGAAGAUGGAAGAGAAAUUUUCCAGUGGGCAGUACACGGGGAUAGCUGAUUUCGUGUAUGACUUCCGGCUAAUGCUGGAGACAUGUUACCGGCAGCAUGGUGUAGAUCACUGGCUUUCCAAACAGGCACAGAAACUGGAGAUGAUGCUGGAACAGAAGCUGGCACUGCUGUCCAGGCGUUUAAGAGAGAAAACAUCAAUAGCUGUAACAUCUAGAGGAUGCUGUGGGCUGGAAGAUGAGAAAGGAAGAGCAUACAUUUCAACAAGACGUCGUUCCACGUCUCGCAAUUUAGUAGGCUUGUCAACAAGCACAUUUGAGUCUGUGAUGGUUCAGGUUUUAAGACAAGAGGAACAGCUGAGAGCAAAAGAGGAAAAGAGGCUGAGAGAGCAAGAAAGAAAAGAAGCAGAAGAGACUAGUCAGAAAGAAGUAGAAGAAUGGGAAAAGUCACUUUUAGCACAAGCAGCACCUACAAGGAUGGAGACAAUGUGGGAGAUUCCAGCUAUUGGUCAUUUUCUUUGUUUAGCACAGCAGAUUUUAAAUUUACCUGAAAUAGUAUUCUACGAAUUGGAACGUUGUCUUCUGAUGCCUCAGUGUAAUGCUUUUCUGUCUAAAAUAAUGACUUCUUUGUUAAGUCCUCCUCAUCGCAGAUCUACAUUGCAUCGCAGGCCUACACUUUCUUACGGAACUUGGGAAGCAGCUCUCAGACAGAAGGUGCAACACUGGUAUACUGUUGUAGGCCAGACUGACAAUCCUAACAGCUCUGCAGAAAAACUUGGAUUGUCCCCUCAGUUUUUCAAAGUGCUUGGAGAAGUGAAUCCCUUGGAGGAAAAACCAUUCCAUGAGCUACCAUUCUAUCAAAAAGUGUGGCUGCUAAAAGGUCUCUGUGAUUUUGUGUAUGAAACACAAAAGGAUGUUCAGGAUGCAGUGCUAGGUCAACCUAUCCACGAGUGCAGAGAAGUCAUUCUUGGUUAUGACUAUUUGGAGAAUGCAUACGUUCAUUUCCCCCAGUUCUGUGGUGCAGAUGUUCGGAUUUACAAACAAAAACCUUUUCAGGCUCCUGAGUUCCCAUCCGCUCCCAUCAAAGUUAGAAAAGUGUCACGCACUAAGUCGGAGAAAGUAAAACAUGAAUGUGUAAGCAAAAACAACGGGGAAGCCAGUUCUGACGGUAGAGAAGAGCUGCUACAUCGUUCCAAGACAGAAGUAGAGGAAAGUAUGGACCCCAUUGUUAUCUGUGCAGAAAAAAAUCCACAUUUAGGUAGCUUUUUAGUCACUACGGAGGAGAUUAACUGUGAAAUCAAGACUUCAGGAGUCUGUGACAUCAAUAAAACUGAUUGCUAUAAAGAGAACUUUGGAGGAGAGAUUGUUGGUAAAGGCGGUCAGCCUGGUUCAGGAGAAAUAAGGGCUGUGGAGAACGGACAGGGUUGUGCUGAAGUGGCCAGAAUAAAAGCUGAUAUCAGUCCGUUCAAGGAGAACACACUGAAAGCUUGCCAAAUGCAUGUCAAUGGCACUCACAUCGACAACCAAGAUAGAAAUUAUCAUGAAUCUGCUAAGGAAACAAUGCUAGAAAACUCCCUGCAAAAUAGUAAGAAGCUAAAUAAGUUGCGGGCAAAAAAGAAGAAAAAGAAAAAAAAGAAGUUAAAGGAUAUUCUAAAUGAAAAUCUACAGAGAAAACUUGAUGACUUGCAAAGAAAGCGUGAGAUUCAUCUUUAUCCAUUCAAAUCUUACAAAUCUGAGAUCCAAAAUAAGUUGUUCAUCAUUAAAAAGAAAGCAAAGCACAAGAAGCACAAGUCUGGAAAAAAAUCGAUAUCUAAAAAUGUAAUCACAAAGAAGAGGAAAGGUGUCACAAAGUCUACCAUACCAGAAUUUCAGCUUAUUUGCACUAAUCUUGAUGAACUCAGGGAAUUAAUCACAAAGAUUGAGAGUGAACUCAAAGAUCUGGAGGACAUUAAAAAGAAAUCGGGAAGAUGGUACCACCGGAAGCAAGCGGUAAAGGAGUUGCAUAGUACAUUGGUACGAUUGCUCAAUGAACUGUUACCAUGGGAACCAAAGCUAAUGAAAGCAUUUCAAAGAAACAGGUCUAGAUUGAAGAAGGACUACGAUGACUUUAAAAGACAUCCAAACAAUGAUAAAUUUACCAGAGAAUUGUGGAGGAAUGAUGAAAGUGAAGUUGAUUCUGGCAAAGAUUCUUUUGCAGUAGCAUGCGGUAAAUCUUCGGAUUCUGCAGAACAUGUGGAAGUCCCCAAAAAACAUCACUCAGACAAUGAUGAAAUGAAUAUAUUAGAGAUGAAUUUACCUGCAGGAAAAAACAGAAUUCUGAAAAAAGAAUCAGCUUCAAAAGAAAUACAGAAAACACUGCCCAAGUGUGUUAAACGACAGUCCAAGCAAAGUAGUUGUCUGGAUGAAAGCACUGAUGAGCUUCCACCAAGGAAGAAAGCUAAACUGAGCACUAAUGAGGCUGUAGUCCAGAGUUCAGAAAGUAGCCUGCAGCCAGAUAGCUGUUUGACUGAGCUGAAACAAUUGGAAGGGUCAACUCUAGAAUUGUUUUCAUUGACAGAUCCUGCAACAUCGGUAUCAAACUUUCUGAAAGGGACCAAACCCAUCCAGGCCUUGCUUGCCAAGAAUACUGGGAACAAAGUGACCUUAACAAGUCGACUGUCACCUCCCCCAGGCAUAAAUGAAUCUACUUCUGAAAAGCCAGUGUCACCACCUUUGGAAUCAACACUGAUAAAACCAGCAUUGCCUUGCCAGACCAGUUCACAGUCUCCUCUGCAAAUGGUGUACAGAAUGCCAAAUGGCUACUGUGUGCCAAUAGACCUUCACAAGAGCUCCGUGAAAAUUCAAAUGCAACCUGUGAUUGACCCUAAAACUGGAGAAAAAGUCAUGCAACAAGUUCUUAUUUUACCUAAGAAUUUUCUUAUUCAGCAGAAGGAGGGAAAUACUGUGUCCAAGGACAUUCAGUCACUACAGCAAAAAUCAUCUGAGCUGCGCUGUACAACUUUACCAGAAAUACCAAAUAUCAGUGUUUCUUUAACACCAGUUGUGGUAACAGGCCCUGCAAAUUCUACCACUUGGCCACCUAGUACAACUUUUAAGAAAAAUAUUACCCACUUGUCACAAGUUACUGAUACCCUGAACACUACACAAGCCUUGCAUGCUGUGACUUCUGCAGAUAACUUGCUCUCAUCAACAAUUAAAGUGAGCCAAACUGAAACUCACAAAAUCAAGACUACAGUUUCAGCUGCCACAUUCCCUGUGUCUUUGACUUCACCUGCUCUUUCCACAGCUAGCCAGUCUUUGAUACCACCACCAGCACCAAGUGGGUCUACAAACACCGCUUCUGCCUCUCUCACAUCACAGCAGACAACUGAUUCCUUCGAAACUAGGCAAGAGCUGAAGACCGUGUGUAUAAGAGAAUCACAGUCUAUUCUGGUCACAACACGAGGUGGAAACACAGGAAUUGUUAAAGUGCGAACAAACCCAGACCUGGUUUCACCUAGUAGUUUACCUUCCAGUUCAGUUUUAACUUACACACCUCAAAUUCAGGCCUUUCUUGUGCCAAAAACCACCACAUUAUCAUUCUCUGCUCUUCCAUCUGUAGCAACAGCCAUGUCUGGUCUCCCAUAUAAUGGACAAUCACCUCUUUCUGGAUGUGCCCCCUCAACAGCUUCUUCUGUUAACAUUCCAACUUUCCCAGCUGAUUUUACCCAGGCAGUGGAGAAAAAUAUAAAGUUCACAUUACAGCAGCCUGCUGUUGGAGGCACUUUGAGUCACAUAAUAGCAAACACCAGCUAUGUGUCCCCUCCUACAUUGUCUUCCAUUUCGUUAGCUAGCAGUUUGAUGUCAGCAACUCCAAGCAGUCCUGUUAGUGUGAUGAGCAUUGGACAAAAUAGCACUGUUUUAAGUCCAAAUACCUCUGUGCAGCAACAAAGUGAUACUAAAAUAAAUCCUGUUAUACAAUCUGAGUCUAAUUCGGCAGGCAUUGGAGAUUUAAUCACUGGUACUCAAGUGCAGAAACUUACAUUAGUCGCAAAUCCACCCAUUUUAUCGCACUGUGGGCCAUCAGGAGUUGGUAUUAUACCCUCUCCAGCAUCCACUGGUGUUAAUACCCAGAAGUUAGUUUUCAUUAACACACAAAUUGCUAAUGGCUCAUCAAUGACCAAUCUAGUUGCAGAGUCAUUGAAACAUAAUCUUCCUUCCUCCCUAAGCAAAAGCUUUGUUAGUGCCACAGAGCAACCACAUUUGGUUCUGAUCCCAUCUACCGUAGGAGCACCAAUAAGAAUAAAUUCAUCACCAAAAAUUGCUCAAGUAAAAGAUGUGAAAAUUGGACUAAAUAUAGGUCAAACCAUUGUAAAUACCAAAGGCAGUGCACAACAGGCUCCAGCAGUUAAUAUAUUGCACUCUGCUGUCUCUAAGGGAGAAGACAGAAGGAGCAUGGGCUUGGCACUGUCUUUGACAAGUAGUAGUACUUUGGUCCCUGUUCCAAAUUUUAUGAGUCAAAGUGCUGUGUCAGGUAAUGAACCUGUACAUAUUACAACAAAAGCUGAAAAUGCCUCUACAGUAACAACAGCAAAUGCAUGUGAGGAAUCUGUUUCAGUAACAUCAAGUGCAACUUUUUCUGGGACAUGGCCCACUGUCUUGAUUGGUGGAAGCAAUCCCUCAAGAAUAAGGCCAGUUCUGGGUAAUCGACUGUGUACACCAAAUGUUGGAAAUACUGUGGGUAUAUCAACUGUGAAAACAGGACAUCUUGCAUCAUCUGUGCUGAUUUCAACAACACAACCAGCAGUACCUCCUCAAAACCUAGCAUCUGCUUUGCAGUUUCCAGUCAUUAGCUUACCUGGAUCUGUAGCUGCACCCCACAAAGUGUUACAUACAGUUCCUCAACUGGCAGCAGUUUCAGCUCCUCCUCCUGUACCAAAAAGCCAGUUGCCUACAUUACUUCAGUUUCAGCCAUCAGGAGUUUCAGCUGCUAUGCCAAGUAAUGCAGGUUUUCACAAACUUCAGAGUGUGUUGCCCUCUCCACCACCAAAUACAGGUAAAGUCGUUAGUUUUCCCAAUGUUUCUUCCAUACAAUGCCAGCAGGUGCCUCCCAGUGUAGAGAAACAAAGUCAUGCUUACCCUUGUGCUUCUAAUCUUCAGAUGUCUGCAACAUCACCAACUAUAACAAGCAAGGCAGGAGGUCAUUUGAAUGAACCUUGCGUUCAACAGAAAAUACUCAUUAAUACCUGUAUGCCUUUGGCACCUGGAACUCAGAUAAUGAUUAAUGGUACUCGUUUUGUUGUUCCACCACAAGGCCUUGGAGCUGGCAGCCACGUUCUUCUUCUCUCAUGUAAUACAAAACAGACUUCUCCAUUAGCUGUUAGCUAUGGUCAAGAGGCUCAAGGUGUACCCACUGUUAAUCCAAUAACCUCAAAAAUCAUGCUAGCACCAAGUAAUUCAUUAAGUUGGCAAAUGUCAAAGCAUCCUUUGAAAAGCUCUACAAAAAUUGUGAACUCCUUUGGCUCUGCAGACACUUUACCUGUUGUACAUGCAACACCCCACAUAUUUAGUACUCCAGCUAGCACUUGUACUCCACCAUCUGCAGCAACACUUCCUGUGUCUUCAGUGAUAAAAUCUCCUGUUAAUGUUGUAGCUACAUCUUCUGUGAUUCCUGCUGUUUGUCCUCCAAGCUCUCAUUUACCAAGCAACACUUCAGUGUUUCACUUAGACACUUCUAUCAAAAAACUGUUGGUCAGUCCAGAGGGAGCUAUUUUAAAUGCUAUAAAUACUCCAGCAUCAAAAGUUUCAUCUCCAUCUUCAUUUCUGCCUCCUGUUGUGUCUACAAGCAGAAGUCCUACCAUUGCCUUCCAUGCCUCUCAGUCAUCUUGCCUUGACAAACCUGACAAAGCUGCAUCUUGAAUUUACCAUAAAUGAGCCACUUUGAAAUUUUGGGGAUUCUUCUGACUUUGGAACUGUUGAAUAAUUUCUGACAUUGUUUGAAACAGUUAUUUACUCGGUUGCUUAACAUUACAGUUAAUUGCUGUUUACCUGUGGGGAUUAGAACAAAAUAAAAUGUAUUUAGUUUGUCAGAGAAAAGCUUUCAGAGUUCUUGAGUAAAGAUUUCAGAGAUUACCAGUGAGUCCAUUAAACAUUUUAGUUUGGAGAAAUCUAGCCUUUUGCACAUGUUUCAUCUUACACUAUGGACUGUUUGCCAGUGUGUUUAUGACAGUGUAUAUCUCCUUUUUAUUUGUCAAAUUUAUUUCUGAUUUGUUGCUGUAAAAAAAAUAUUUAUGCAUUGUAAAAAUGCAGUCUAUGGAUAGAAUUGUACAUACUCAUGAUUUCCUAACAAUCUGUACUAAACUAUAUGUACAAAGAACUAUGCUGUCUUAUUUAUGUUUUGUUUACAUAAUGUAUAGUUUUUUAAGUAUUUUAGUAACUUUGGACCAGUGUACUGUUUAGCAACAAUGCAGAAGAAUUUGCAUAUAAUAAAUCAAGUUGCUGUACUGCUGUGUGUUGGCAAUAGUUUAAAAAUAUGUAUGUCUGUCACACCAAUGGCAGAAUACAUACAUAUAUUCAUCUUCCUACUUAAUACAGAUGCAUCUCAGCUUUUGCUGUAUAGUAGAAAGAAAUUAUUUAAUCUCUUUUGCUCUUCUUUGUGGUUUACAUUUCACAUUACUUGACAGGAGUUGGAAGGAAGGUCUUGUUGAUCUUCACAGUACAAGGCAGGAUAAUUCUUAAUAAAUGUGUGAUUAUAUUGCCUAUAGUCUCCAGUGGUGUGGGGAGGCUAGAAAUGGUUUCCUCAACACCAGUCUGAAUCAAACUGAUUGCUAUGUGGGACUACUAUAUUUUAUCACCAUGCUCAUAGAGCCAUCAAACAGUUUGUUACUCUCCUUUUACAGUCUUGUGUGCAUUUCCACAUAGCUGGUAACUGUAGCAAGGUCACUGUUUAAUCUCCUGUCUCAUCAUAACAAGCUACCCGUUAUUUUUUUACCAGUCAUGCUUUCUAGAUCUGUACGGUUUUUUUCUUUAGCUUUUACUUACUUUAUCUGACAGGAUAGUACUAAGACAUCACACAGUAUUAAAGGAGGCCUUAUUAGUGCUUUGAAUGGGGAUAAUUCACAUAUUACAUAAACCUUCCCUUUUUAUGCAGUGUGUUCAAUGUUUGUUGGCCUGGGUUCAGCUUUUGAUCUGGCAAAACCCUUGAGUUAUUUUCUGCAGAUCAGCUGAGUUCACAGGCUGUGGUGUUCAUCUAAGUAGGGAAGUUCUUUGGUGUCUUUUGAGGUUUAGAGUAUAAAGAAAGGGUGCCUGUCAAGCAGCUCUUAUUUUAUGGAAGAUGAUGAUUUCACAAGUGUUGUUUUAAAAUCUGAAGUCAUAGUCUCUGUUAGUCGCUUGGAAGAUCCAGUCUUUGGCUUAUCAUCUUUUUAUGUGUGGCAGGUUUUUUUGUUAGUUUUGUUUAGAAACUAGAGGGGAAGAUUUCAGAAGAACUCCUGAAUAUUGGUUUCCUUUUUAAUAGCUAUGACUUCAAAGGGGGAUAAAAGUUUACAUAUCAGUAUUUAGCAACAUUCUUAGACUGUUUUUCAUCAGGAUGAAGCUUAAGCUUUUGCUUCUUACCCUCCUGAGUUUUCUCCUUCCCUUCCCCAUUUGCUUAUUGGCAGCUUAUUUGCUCUGUGGUGACUCUUUCAUAUUGUUCUGGAAAGUAACAGGUGACUAGGGUUCUAGGAAAGCAGAGGGAAGACAGGCUGUUGCGUUCCAUGGGUACCUUCCAUUUCUGCACUAACUAAAAAAAUUGAAUUGGGAAAUUGCUUCUUUCAGUCUCCAUCUGAUUUCAAGGCUGGAAAAGAUGGAAGCUGUCCCAUUUUGGGGUGAGAGAAGGAUUGGAUUUACUUUAGAAGAAGCUACUUGGUACAAUUUUUCUACUUUUCAUUCAUUAAAGGUAAUAACAUGAUUGAUUUUGAAGACACCUAGUAGUAAGUGGUGUCUGCCUACCAGAGUUUACAGUAUCAAGGGUUUUUAAAUCUGAGUGCAUUUUGUAGUUGAAUGCUGCAGAUAACUUUUUCAACAGAGGAAGACAUCAGAGAGUGGCGGUUUCUUUGUAGACAUUUUACGUAUCUAAAACCAUACGUACCUGGAACACAUUUUAUUUCCAUUUCAGUGGUGGAACCUUGCGAUUGACUUUCUUGGAUUUUUCUCUACUCUUACAAUGGCUAGUUUUCCUUUUAAAUUUUUGUUUAUGUUUGUUAUAGAGUGAAAGUGUUGUUUGGAAAGCUUUAGACUAGGUUCUACUAUUGCAAGUGGCAUGGGUGGAUAAAAAAUCUUGCAUGGUGUUUUUCUGUGUGCUGAUGUAGUAGAAAGAUUUAUGCCAUAGUUAAUUCUAAUAAAGAGAAAAGUUAGAAGAGCUUAGUUGAGGAACUCAAAACUGACGUUACUUAUCUGAAAAAUUUAUUAGGAAAUUUCUGAAUUAGUACGGUAAUAUUUUAAAAUUGUUUUAUAAAUAUUUUAUAAUUUGGUAGACAGAAGCUUUGCAACAUGCAAACUUUGAUUCACUUCAACUUGAAUUUUCAUGGGCUUUAUUUUCUACUGGACAUAUAAUUCAGAUUCCAAAACUUACUGGAGAAAGAUUUGAGUCUUCUGUGUAAUGGGAUUGCAUGAUUCAUUAUUUUGUAAAAACAAGUUUUCUUCAUUUUUGUGAAUAAAAUUCUUCUUCCCAUCAGUCUUCUCCAAUAAUGUGUCAGUCACAAUACGACCUUCUUUAAAAAGAAAGUAAAUAGCCAUUGACAAAUUGCUAUGUGAUUUUUGUUUUCCAUACCAAGUAUAUAGUGCUACUUGCAGCACAAAAAUAGAUUAUAUUCACAUAUGCAAUGGAAAAGCAGAACUACCCACAUCUUGAAGUCAAAAAGACAUUUUAUUACACAUAUAAACAAAUACAGCUAAAUCAGUUUUUGAAGAAAAAGUUCAACUUUUUAGAGCUUGUAAAAUGCCUUCCUUUUAGAGCCCUUCAGAUAUUACAGAUAUUCAUACACUAUAUUAUAUACAAAACUUUGGGAUUCUUAAUGACUUUUAGCAUUUUGAAUUAUACUGAAGUGGACAUAUUCUGCACAAUAAUCUUGCAUUGCUUUGAGCUGAAAGCUACGUUCAUUUUGCCUCAGUGAUCAAAUCUCUCUGUGUGUGCUGCCAUUUUCUUCUAAGGAUUCUGCCUCUACCAUACUAGAAGUAAUCAAAUUUCACAAGAAUUAGGAUUCAUAGAAGUACUUGUUCAAACCAAAUUGUCGUAUUGUUAAGUCAUUGAAACCCAUUCUGAUUUCUCCAUGUGACAGCAAAGAGUACAAUGUGAAAAAUGAAGCAAAAGUUCUCCUGCUAAGUGAAACUUGUCUCAUGUAAGUAGGCCAGAAGAUCUCUAAAAGCUGGCAUUUGAAAGAUGUCCAUACCCUCAUCACAGAGUUUGUUUCGUAGUUGGUUUGGCUUACAUUUUGUGGUAAUGCAGAAUUUUAGUAGUCAAAAUAGAUUUUAAGGUAAAUUAAUCAUUUUUACUGCAGCAUAGUAUUUCUUAUGAUGAGGCUAUUUCAUUUGAAAAGAACAGCUGGAUGUGCUCACAAAAGACAUAAAUUCAUGUAGCCUAUUCUCUGUAAAUUGCACCUGAUGUGAGUUUACUGACUCAAAAGUAAGUAUCCUGACAUCAUAUCUCUUUGAGCAGUCAUUAGUAGCCAUCAAAAAAGGACAUAAUAACAGAACUGAAUACUCUGACGGUAUCCACUAAUCUGUGAGAGAGUCUUCCUCAGACAAUUGUGAUUUUGGGGUUUUUUUCAGUUUAAUAGCUCUCUGGUUUUUUCUUGGUGAAACUGACAAGUCUUUCCAGAAUUGUUCUUGAACACGUGUAAGCUGUUAUUAUCCACAGCAUCCUGUGGUAAAGAGUUUUUCACACAAUGUGUAAAUAAAUAUCUUUCUUACUGAACUCGAUACCUCCUAGUUUCAUUUGAUGCAAGUAAUAUUUAUAUUGUAAGAUAAGCUAAGCCUUUACUUUUUAUUAAUUUUUUCAUGUGUUCUAUGUCUAUCUUUGCCAUGUUGAUUGUCUCUUUUCUAGAAUAAAGAUGUAAUCAAAUCAAUUAUUUCUGAUAUGGAAUAAAUC